GGAGCGCGAGCGUGGAGGGCGGUGCCGGGAGCUGGGACGCGCAGCGAGGCGCCCGCGGCCCGCGCCCCUGGUCGGGCUGGGAUUGGCCGGCUCUCGCCCCCAGCCAAUCUCCCGCGAGGACUUCGUGGGAGGGGAGGGGGCAGUUUCUUUUCGACCCUCGCGUUUCGCCCGCCAGGCCAGAGCCCCAGGUCCGGGAUCGCUCAGCUGCUACCUGUGCUCGGAGCCCGCGCUCACGCCGCCGUGAUGAGGCUCCGGAAAGGCUGCCUGCUGGUCCUACUCCUGGCGCUGGCGCAACUGCUGGCCGUGGCGAGCGCCGGGGGGCCGGACGCAGAUUCUAAUAAAGAAGAGGCCAUUGAAGAGGAAGAUGAGGAGGAGGAAGAGGAGGAGGAAGACGAGGAAGAUGACUUGGAAGUUAAGGAAGAAAAUGGUGUCUUAGUCCUAAAUGACGUAAACUUUGAUAACUUUGUGGCUGACAAAGACACGGUGCUGCUGGAGUUCUACGCUCCAUGGUGUGGACAUUGCAAGCAGUUUGCUCCAGAAUAUGAAAAAAUUGCCAGUACCUUGAAGGAGAACGACCCUCCCAUUCCUGUCGCUAAGAUUGACGCAACCUCAGAGUCAGCGCUGGCCAGCAGGUUUGAUGUGAGCGGAUACCCCACUAUCAAGAUCCUCAAGAAGGGGCAGGCUGUUGACUACGAAGGUUCCAGGACCCAGGACGAAAUUAUUGCCAAGGUCAAAGAGAUCUCCCAGCCCAAUUGGACGCCUCCACCAGAAGUCACACUUGUGCUGACCAAAGAUAACUUCGAUGAAGUGGUGAACGAUGCAGACAUCAUUCUGGUGGAGUUUUAUGCCCCCUGGUGUGGGCACUGCAAGAAGCUGGCCCCUGAGUACGAGAAGGCCGCCAAGGAGCUGAGCAAGCGCUCUCCCCCAAUCCCUCUGGCAAAGGUCGAUGCCACCGCGGAAACAGACCUGGCCAAGAGGUUCGGUGUCUCCGGCUAUCCCACCCUGAAGAUCUUCCGCAAAGGAAAGCCUUUUGAAUACAAUGGCCCAAGGGAGAAAUACGGGAUCGUCGACUACAUGAUUGAGCAGUCCGGGCCGCCCUCCAAGGAGAUUUUGGCCCUGAAGCAGGUCCAAGAGUUCCUGAAGGAUGGAGAUGAUGUCAUCAUCAUUGGAGUCUUCAAGGCAGAGAGUGACCCGGCCUACCAGCUGUACCAGGAUGCUGCUAACAACCUGAGAGAAGAUUACAAAUUCCACCACACUUUCAACACAGAAAUUGCAAAGUUCUUGAAAGUCUCCCCAGGGAAGUUGGUCAUGAUGCAGCCUGAGAAAUUCCAGUCCAAAUACGAGCCCAGGAGCAACAUGAUGGACAUCCAGGGCUCCCCGGAGGGCUCUGCCGUCAAGGACUUUGUGCUGAAGCACUCCUUGCCCCUGGUGGGUCACCGCAAGCCCUCCAACGACGCCAAGCGGUACACGCGCCGCCCUCUGGUGGUCGUCUACUACAGCGUGGACUUCAGCUUUGACUACAGAGCGGCCACUCAGUUUUGGCGGAGCAAGGUGCUGGAGGUGGCCAAGGACUUCCCGGAGUACACUUUCGUCGUGGCUGACGAGGACGACUUUGCCUCGGAGGUGAAGGACCUGGGGCUCAGCGAGAGCGGGGAGGACGUCAAUGCUGCCAUCCUGGACGAGGGUGGGCGGAAGUUUGCCAUGGAGCCUGAUGAGUUUGACUCUGACACCCUCCGAGAGUUCGUCAAAGCUUUCAAAAAAGGAAAACUGAAGCCGGUGAUCAAAUCCCAGCCUGUGCCCAAGAACAACAAGGGGCCGGUCAAGGUCGUGGUGGGCAAGACCUUCGACUCCAUCGUGAUGGACCCCAAGAAGGACGUCCUCAUCGAGUUCUAUGCGCCCUGGUGCGGGCACUGCAAGCAGCUGGAGCCCGUGUACACCUCCCUGGGCAAGAAGUACAAGAGCCACAAGAACCUGGUCAUCGCCAAGAUGGACGCCACCGCCAAUGACAUCACCAAUGACCGCUACAAGGUCGAGGGCUUCCCCACCAUCUACUUCGCGCCCAGUGGGGACAAAAAGAACCCAAUUAAGUUUGAGGAUGGAAACAGAGACCUAGAACACUUGAGCAAGUUUAUAGACGAACAUGCCACAAAGCCAAGCAGGACCAGGGAAGACCUUUAAAGCUCUGAGGGCAGGAAGGCAGCAGGGACCCGACACACUGUGGCUUCCGGGGGCCGGAGCCGAGCGAGCCGCCGGCCCCCGCUCAGCGCAAGGGCAGUGUCUUGAGUUUUUCGCUGUUUUUGUUUUGUUUUUUUUUAAAUUUUUAUACUCGGGUAUUUCACCUCAUGCUCUGAAUACUGAAUAGAUAUGAAUGAUUCAGUAGAUUUGCCCAGAUUUUUACAGAGGAUACAUCUAUUUUUAUCCUUAUUUGGGGUUUGAUAUUUUUUUUUAACUUUCCACUUUCUUUAAUAUAUUUCUUCAAAGCAGACAAGUUAAAUCUCUUCUGUGUGAAUGUUUUUUCUUUUUUUAAUUUAAAAUUUUAAAAACUUUUGCCAAAUCAUGUUGAUUUUGCCCUUAAUUUUGUUGUCGUCUGAGGAAUUACUAGUUGGAAUGCUUUCAUUUUUUGUUUCUUCCUGUUAUGGUGCAAAGUGAGAGCCAUCGCCAAGCAACCUGCCAAGGACCAUGCUCCAGCCUGACCCCUGAGCUGCGCAGUCCAGACAAGCAGCGCCGAGCCUUGUUGCAGUCAAAAGGGGACUGGGUGUCGCCGAGCCUUCUCCCAGGACCGCAGGACGAGGCGCUUUUCCCGGGUCCCCAGGCCCCUUGAGCCAGGAACUGAGGUGCCUCCUAGAGAGAGAGGCCACCCACUCUUCAGAAUGGCCGUGGCCAGAGGAGAGGUGACCUAGGGCACCGGCGGGUACUUAGGGGGAUAGUAAGGAUUGGGUAGGCUGUUGUGAUGGAAUAAAAGAAAUAUUGAAAAUUAA